AUGGGCAAUUCCCAUGGGAAGCAGGUGUGCUCGUCAGAUGCUGUGAACCUGAACCACUUCCGACUCCUGCGUGUUGUUGGAAAAGGUGCAUUUGGUAAAGUACGGAUCGUUGAACGGAAAGAUUCUGGAUUGACAUUCGCUUUGAAAUAUAUACGGAAAGAUGAAGUUGUCCGGUCCGAGAGCGUUCGAAAUAUUAUACGAGAAAGACGAAUGCUGGAACAUUUGAAUCACCCUUUCCUCUGCAACCUGAGAUACUCAUUCCAGGACAUCGAGUAUAUAUACCUUGUGGUUGACCUAAUGAAUGGCGGUGACUUGCGGUUUCAUAUCUCAAGGAAGUCCUUCACAGAGGAUGCUGUGCGAUUUUGGAUUGCCUCGUUGGCCUGUGCCCUAAGGUACAUACAUUCGCAAGGCAUAAUCCACCGGGAUCUAAAGCCGGAUAAUGUUCUACUUGAUUCUGAGGGACACGUUCAUUUGGCGGAUUUUAAUGUCGCUUCCGAUUUUAAACCUUCGAAGCCACUCACCAGCAAAUCUGGUACACUGGCAUACCUAGCCCCGGAAGUGUUUGAAGGGAGCGGGUAUCUGAAUGAAGUCGAUUGGUGGUCUCUUGGGGUAACCUUCUACGAGUGUAUUUAUAAUAAGCGGCCAUUUGAUGGGCGGAGCCAUGACGCACUGUCUGAAAACGUUCGACGGGUGCAACCAAAAUACUACGUUACAAAUCCUGCUGUCACUGUGCCUUGUCUACGAGCGAUCGCAUCUCUCUUGGAAAAAGACCGGACAAAACGUAUAGGCGCUGCUGGCUUUGAUUCAUUCGAAUCCCAUCCUUUCUUUGAAGACAUUGACUUUGAUGCCUUGGAACGAAAAGAAAUUGCCCCGAUCUUUACACCUUCCAGUGAAAAGACAAACUUCGAUGCAACCUAUGACCUUGAAGAGCUGCUUCUAGAGGAAGCACCAUUGGAGGCACGAGCGCGUCGACAAAAACCUAGAGCAGAAUUGAAGGAGGAUGCAACGGCAAAGGAGAUAAGGGAAGACGAGCUACAUCGAGUCAUCGAGACUAUGUUUGAGCCGUUCGACUACACAACCGUCUCAUACAAAGGCACCGCCGCAGCUGCUAUAGCAGCAUCAAGUAACCCGGAGGAUUGUAUGAAUUCUACUUCCUCUACACAUACCCGCCACGCCUCCCAACCCUGCUCGGGGAGUGGCUCCCCUUCCCUCAAGACCGAAAGAUCUCUCAGCCGCUCAAACGCUUCCGAUACGUUUAAUUCGUUUUCCGAAACGGAUCGCUAUCCGCAUGAACCGCAAAGACAUGCCAGUGGAAGACAAUCAGGCUCGCCCCCCCGACGUCCACGGCCGUCGCCCACCUCACAACCAAAUUCCCAAGCAUACCGCCCGCCACCUCCUAUCCCUCAACGGAACCGCGGAGCCACGCGCAAGACGAGCAAAGGCGGGGGGGUUCAGAUGGUGCUGGAGGAGACGGGAAGCUGGAGUAAUCUUGCAGAUCAGAGUUCAGCGGCACCUGGCGAUGGAGAUGGGGGAGGCGAUGUUAUUAAGGCCAAGGGCUCUUCUGGGUCUAAUAGUGGGAUACUUUCGUUUCUGAGUCGGAAGAAGGGUCGUGAGCGGAGUCCUAAGCCAAUGGAACCUGGGGUGCUUGGCAAGGAUGGUGCGAGGCAGAUUAUUAGCUGA